AUGGAUCCCAACAGGAUCAUCCAGGCUCUGAAGGGCACCAUAGACCCCAAGCUGCGCAUCGCAGCCGAGAACGAGCUCAAUCAGUCCUAUAAGAUCAUCAACUUUGCUCCAAGUCUACUGCAAAUCAUAGUAUCAGAUCAAGUUGAGUUUCCAGUGCGUCAAGCAGCUGCCAUUUACCUGAAGAACAUGGUGACACAGUACUGGCCAGACCGGGAACCACCUCCUGGAGAAGCAGUAUUCCCGUUCAACAUUCAUGAAAAUGAUCGUCAGCAGAUCCGUGAUAACAUUGUAGAAGGAAUAAUUCGUUCUCCUGACUUAGUGAGAGCCCAGCUGACAAUGUGCCUCCGUGCUAUCAUUAAACAUGACUUUCCUGGCCAUUGGACAGCCGUGGUAGACAAGAUAGGCUUCUACUUGCAGUCUCAAAACAGUGGGAGUUGGCUUGGGAGCCUCCUGUGCCUAUAUCAGCUGGUGAAGACUUAUGAAUACAAAAAAGCAGAGGAGCGAGAUCCUCUUAUAGCAGCAAUGCAAAUAUUUUUGCCUCGGAUUCAGCAGCAGAUGAUCCAGCUUCUGCCUGAUAACUCCCAUUACUCUGUUCUGCUUCAGAAACAGAUCUUAAAAAUCUUCUAUGCUCUUGUUCAGUAUGCAUUACCGCUCCAGUUGGUGAACAACCAGACUAUGACUCAGUGGAUGGAGAUCUUCCGUACUAUCAUUGAUAGAAAUGUACCUCCAGAGACUUUGCAAAUUGAUGAAGAUGAUAGACCAGAGCUGGUGUGGUGGAAAUGCAAGAAGUGGGCAUUGCAUAUUGUAGCUCGUCUUUUUGAACGGUAUGGAAGCCCCGGAAAUGUAACUAAGGAAUACUUUGAAUUCUCAGCGUUUUUUUUAAAAACCUAUGCUGUGGGCAUACAGCAGGUCCUCUUAAGAAUUUUAGACCAGUACAGGCAGAAAGACUAUGUUGCGCCACGUGUUCUUCAGCAAACGUUAAAUUAUCUGAACCAAGGGGUUAUUCAUUCCGUAACGUGGAAGCAAAUGAAGCCACACAUGCAGAGUAUAACAGAAGAAGUGAUAUUCUCUUUAAUGUGCUACAAAGAUGAGGAUGAAGAGCUCUGGCAAGAGGAUCCCUAUGAAUAUAUACGCAUGAAAUUUGAUGUAUUUGAGGAUUAUGCAUCCACUACAACAGCAGCACAGAAUCUUCUUUAUACUGCUGCAAAGAAGAGAAAAGAGGUAUUACCAAAAAUGAUGGCAUAUUGUUACCAGAUUCUGACAGAGCCAAACAUUGAUCCAAGGAAAAAAGAUGGAGCUUUGCAUGUUAUAGGCUCCCUAGCAGAUAUUUUACUGAGGAAGAGUGUCUUCAAGGAUCAAAUGGAGCUGAUGUUACAGAAUCAUGUAUUUCCAUUGUUCAUGUCCAACUUGGGGUACCUCAGAGCUAGAUCCUGUUGGGUACUUCAUUCAUUCAGUGCUUUGAAAUUUCACAAUGAGCUAAACUUGAAGAAUGCAGUAGAGUUGGCAAAGAAGAGCCUGAUAGACGAUAAGGAAAUGCCUGUCAAAGUAGAAGCAGCCAUAGCUCUUCAGACGUUAAUAAGCAACCAAGAGCAAGCCAAGGAGUAUGUGAAGCCUUAUGUAAGGCCAGUUAUGCAAGAGCUCUUGCACAUUGUUAGAGAGACAGAAAAUGAUGAUCUUACUAAUGUAAUCCAGAAGAUGAUCUGUGAGUACAGCCAGGAAGUAGCUACUAUUGCCGUUGACAUGACUCAACACCUGGCUGAAAUAUUUGGUAAAGUGCUUCAUAGUGAGGAAUAUGAAGAAGUAGAGGACAAAACAGUUAUGGCCAUGGGCAUCUUGCACACAAUUGACACCAUCCUGACAGUUGUGGAAGAUCACAAGGAGAUAACUCAACAGCUGGAGGGCAUUUGUUUACAGAUCAUUGGCCUUGUUUUGCAGAAACAUGUUAUAGAGUUUUAUGAAGAAAUUCUUUCCUUGGCUUACAGCUUGACAUGCCAGAUGAUUUCACCUCAAAUGUGGCAGCUUUUAGGUAUACUAUAUGAGGUUUUCCAGCAGGAUUGCUUUGAGUACUUUGCAGAUAUGAUGCCUCUCUUGCAUAAUUAUGUGACCAUUGACACCAAUACUUUACUGUCUAACCCAAAGCAUUUAGAAAUCAUUUAUGCUAUGUGUAAAAAGGUAUUAACAGGAGAUGCAGGAGAAGAUGCAGAGUGCCAUGCUGCCAAGCUCCUGGAAGUAAUUAUUCUUCAGUGCAAAGGACGGGGUAUUGACCAGUGUAUUCCACUCUUUGUGGAGGCUGUUCUGGAGCGGUUGACCAGAGGAGUUAAAACAAGUGAGCUUCGUACCAUGUGUCUUCAGGUUGCCAUAGCUGCGCUCUACUACAAUCCUGAUCUACUUCUGCACACCUUAGAGAACAUCAGAUUUCCACACAAUCCUGAGCCCAUCACUGCACAGUUCAUAAACCAGUGGAUGAAUGACACAGACUGUUUUCUCGGACUCCAUGACAGAAAGAUGUGUAUAAUAGGACUGAGCAUCCUAAUGGAAUUGCAGAAUCGACCACCUGCAGUGGAUGCUGUGGCUGCCCAGAUUGUUCCUUCAAUCCUCCUCCUGUUCCUGGGCUUAAAACAAGUUUGCGCCUCACGAGAGCUCACAGAACAUGAGGAUCAUGCUAAAGAUGAAAAACACGUUGCAGAAGACAAUGAAGAGCUGUCGAGUGAUGAGGAGGAAACAAAUGAAGUGAGCCAGGUGAUGCAAGAGAACCAUGGUGGAGGAGGAGGUGGUGGUGGAGGUGGAGAGGAAGGGGAUGAAGAUGACGAUGACGAUGAUGACUGGGAUGAAGAUGCAUUGGAAGAGACUGCUCUUGAAGGGUUCAGCACACCUCUUGACCUUGAAAAUGGUGUCGAUGAAUAUCAGUUUUUUACACAAGCACUUCUAGCGGUACAGAGCCGAGAUGCAGCUUGGUACCAUUCACUGACAGCACCCUUGAGCGAGGAUCAGAAGAAGCAGCUGCAGGAAAUUUACACAUUAGCAGAACACCGGCGAAAUGCUGCAGAGACUAAGACAAGAGAGCAACAAAGUGACUACGCAUUUGACAACAAAGGACUGAUCACAGCAUUUAACUUUGCUGGAAGUACUCCUGGUGGCAACUGA